AUGCACUCAACUCCCUAUUUGUUAAAUGCUGUGUCUUCAACAACUCCAUCAUCAUCAUCCACACCCUCUCACUUCUCUACUAGAGCCGAGUCUUCAGUGACCAAUACUAGUAGCCCUUCUUCUUUGUUUCAUCCGGGGAAUAGUAGUAGCGUUGUAGUAGAAAAUCAUCCACAAGUUGCACCGAACAACAAACAUAACACCAAUGCAGAUAUUGAUUACUUGUCUUGCAACUUGCUUCCCAUGCGAUCGUCUUCUGUUCUUGUCCACAGCAGCAGCAGUGGUGGUGUGGAACACGAGAUUCACACACACAUUCAAGAAGCUCAACCUCGACUUCAUCACUCUCGACCUUAUUAG